AUGAUUAAAGAGGAAGAUAAAUUAAGUCGAGAUGAAAGACGUCAAAGAAAAUUUAAUAACAUCUUCAAUAUAAUGAGCAUUUAUAUAAAGUAUCUACUGGGAGAUGAAGUAAAUGAAGAUGAGCAUAAGUAAUUUUUAGAGUAUAGCAAAUUUAACAUUUAUAAAAUUCAUGGUAAUCAAUCAGAACAUUACAAAAUGCCUGAAUAAGAUUAUAUCAAAAUGGUAAUGAAUGAUCCAAGUCAAUAUUUAACAGAAAAAGAUUAUUGUAUGGGUGAUGUAGUUUUGUAAUUUCCAAAUCCUGAUGAAAUGCCCUAUGCAACAAUUUCAUAUGCUGAAGCUUCAGAGUUUCUGUAACAAGGAAUCGGAACUCGAUGUUCAAUUGAAUUCAAAACAGAAUAAUUAGAUUAUGAAAUACUUUCAAUGGCUUUUUAAUAUGCUUAUUCAUAAUUAGCGGAUUCAAAAUAAGAUGAUUUAAGUCCUCAAAAAAUUGCUUAUUCAAAUCAAUUUUCUACUCAAAAUCUAAUAGCUGCAAUCAAAUUAUUCUUCAAAGAAGAUGACUAAUUGGUUAUUCAAGGAGAACAUGAAGAAUUUGUUGAGAUGGUUAGAAAUAAAGUUAUGAAUAGUUUAAAUAAAAACUUUAAAGUCAAUAAGAAUAGAGAAAAAAGAAAGGGUUUUUCUACAAUUCUUAAGAAAAAGAUCUUAACAAGAGGCAAAUUCCUUAUUAAGACACUUGGAGGAAUAUAACGUACUCAUCAUAAAGUAAAAGAUUUUUAUACUUUGGUUCGUAAUUUGAUUCUUUUAAGAUUAAGUCAAAAAGGAUUUAAAAUGAGAACUUUUGUUUCAUCAGACCAUUAAUCAAUCUUUGCAAUAUUAUAUUGUGCUGAAGCAAACAUUUCUCUUGUAGCUUAAUAAAUCAAAAUGAAAAAAUUUCUUAAUCUUGAAUUUACUGACUUAUUAUCUUUAGAACCAAUUGAUUAAAAUUAUCGUCCUUUAAGAUUAAAUAAUCGUCUUUGGAGAAAUGAUUUAGAUGUGAAUUAAAGUAGUUACUUUUAAUAUGUUAAACCUAAGAUAAUUAAUUUACUUAAAAAAAUUAAUUUUAAGAAAAUGGCUAAAGAAUUACAUAUAUAAAAUCUUAAUGAUUAAAUGUUUGAUUAUGGGUAAAGAGAUCUAAUAGGAGAUGAGGAAGGUCCCUCAGAUGAAUUAUGGGAAGCUUAUUAUGAAUAUUUGGUUUAUUUAGAAUAAAGAGUCACUGAAGCAAGAGAAAAGUUUUAUUUUAAAUUAGAUUUUGCUGUCUUAAUGAAUCCUUCUAUUGCCAAAAAAAAAGAAAAAAAAGCUGAAGCUAAGAUUAUUACUAAAGCCUAAUUAAGAAGAGUCACAAAAAAGAACGAUAAGAGUAAGAUUGAUAUUAAUCAAUUAAUUGAUUUGAAUGAUUAAAAUAGGACUAUUAAAUAAGAAUAAUAGAUUAAAAGAUAUUUCUCCUAUUAAAGAAAAAAGUUUAUUCCAAAAACUACUAAGAAAUAUUAAAAUCUUAAAUAAUAUAAUGAAAAUCCUUUAAUAAUUUGUGAAACUUAUCAUAAAGAUUUUAAUUCUCUUCUACUUAAAAUCCUACAAAAUUUAGUUAGGAAUUAAUUAAAUUUAGAUAUCAAUGAAAAUGAAACUAAUGUUGAAACUUAUUUGAAACAAAUACAGCAUUAUUUUGAUAAUGAAGAAGAUGCUGAAACUUUUUUGAGGAAACUUGUAGAUUAGAAUGAAGAUUCAGCAGAAAAUAAAUUAAUAGAUUAAUUAUGUAUAUAGAUGAAAGAAAUACCAGAAAAGGUAGAGUAAAAAUAAUUUACAUUAACAAGAGACAAGAAUCCUGUUUAUUAUGAGUAAAUGAAAUAAUAAUUGAUUGAAUGUUUAUUUUUAUUUUACAUGGAAAAAGAGGAAGAUGUUUGGAAAGAAUAAAUAUAGGAAGAGAAGGAUCAAUUUUUAAAUAUGAAAAAAGUAUUUAAUUUGAAAUGGAAUUAAAUAUGUACUAAGUUUUUAAAAGAAAGACAGAGAGGACUUUUAGCAUAGGCUUAUGGAACAGCAAUGAGAGAUGGAAUGUAAAUAAUAAAUAAUGCGAAAGGAAAUUAAUUAAAAUGUAUUUGGGAUUUUUCAUUUGGAGAAUUGUAUAAUAUAGCAAUUUCAAGUGAAUUUACUAUGUCAGGAAGAAGGUUUUCAUAUAAAAAGAAGAGUAGAAUAAAUACAAUAUGGAAGAAGUAUUAAGUAAGUGAGAGUGGAAGAAUAUCAUUAUUUUCAAUAAUGGAGAGAAUAAAAUUAGCUAAUUACUUAGUUAAUUAAGCAAUUAAUAUUCCUUAUAUAUUUAAUAAGCAAUAUUUGAAAUAGAUAUUUGGUUUAAAUGAUUAAUAUGAAUUGAAUGGAUUGAGUAAUAAAAGAUUUUUUUAGAAUGAUCCUAAAGCAUUUUCUUUGACGUUAAGUUCUUCAGAUGCAUUGGAAUAUAUAAGAUUAUUAUAGGAAAAGUUUAUGAUAGCAGAGAGUCUAUUUGUAAAGCCAAAAUUACAUAAUUUAGAAGAAGUUUGGAAAGUUAGAUUAGGAGAGAUAUGGUAUGUUCCAUCAGAUGAAGUAAGAGAGUAUUAUGGAGAAAAGAUUGCUUUAUAUUUUACAUUUUUAGGACAUUAUACGAAAAGUCUUCUUGUUCCAGGAAUAGUUGGAUUAAUUUGUACAAUAAUCUAAAAUUUAACUGAACCAAGAGUAUCGAUAGUAAUUGCUAUGAUGUUUGGAAUAUUACAUUCAUCAUUUUUAACAUUAAUGUUAGGUUCUUGGAAAUUAAAAGAAAAAUAAAUAGUGGCACAAUUUGCAUAAAAUAUUAAAUAAGGAAAUUAAUAAUAAGAAUAAAGACCAGCAUUUUUAGGAGAAUAUAGAAGAGAUCCUUGUAAUGAUGAAGCUAAUACAUUAUAUUAUCCAUUAUCUAAGUUACUUAUUCAUAUGAUGAAAAAUGGAUUAAUCUUAGGAAUAGUAUUCAGUGUUUAUAUAGCCAGUGUUAUAGGCCUAUUCUAUAUGACUAAAUUCUUUUAUGAAUAUGAUAUAUUUACUAGUUUAGAGAGAUUAAACUUUCUUAAAUUAGAAGUCAGUAUCCCUUGUAUUAUCAAUGUUAUUAUAUUGAAUAUAUUCGAAUAUAUUUAUGAAGUUUUAGCAGAGAGUAUGACAGAUUAAGAAAAUCAUUAGACAGUUGCUGAUUUCGAAGCUAAUUUCAUUAUUAAAAAGUUUACACUUAUGUUGCUCUCCUAUUUUACUCCAAUAUUUAUGAUAGCCUUUCUAAAUGAAGAACUUGGUAUUGAUUGUGCUUAUGGUGAUUGCAAUCUUAAUGCUAAAUAUUAUUUUACUAGUUUAUUCAUUAUAUUGUUUAUUUUCAACAUUAAGGAAGUUUUAGCACCAGUGAUUAAUAAACUAUUUAAUCGACUAAGUGAGGAUCCAUAAUCAAGUGAAGAUUAUGGAAUCAUCAAUUAUUAUAUUGAAAAGGAAGCCUAAAAAGAAAGUUAUUUCAAAUCAGUUGAUAGAUAUGGAACAGUUGAUGAUUACAUGGAAAUUAUUAUUCAAUCUGGAUUAUUAGGAUUAUUUGCACCCUUAUUCCCUGCUUCUAUGUUUAUAGGAUUUGUUUGGAAUGCUUUAGAAAUGCAAACUGAUAAAAUUAAAUUAAUUAAAUAUUCUCAAAGACCAGUACCUUUGGAUGAAUAAAGUAUUGGUAUCUGGAGUUUAUUACUAGAAUUCUUAGCAAAUUUCAGCAUUAUCUUUAACACAGGAGUUGUAUUUCUUAUGGGAAAGUUGCAUCCUGACAGAAAUGGUCCAACUCCUCCAUUUAUUAAGGAUGUGACAAUGUUUUUGAUAAUUAUAUUAAUAGCUUUUGCACUUAGAUUCAUAUUAGAAGGAUUAAUACCAGAGGCAACUUAUGAAUUCAUUUCUAUAAUGAAGAGGCAAAGUUAUUUAUUGAAAUCGACUAUAGAACAUUUUAAGAAGAAGACUAGUAAGAUGAAAAGACUUAGAUCAGAUCGAAAUAAUUUAUCUAGAUAUGUGCUUUUUAAACCUUAUGGAACAAUUUUAAAAGCUGAGAAGAAACAGAGAAUAUAAAUAUAAGAGGAAGAAGAGGAGGAUGAUGAUGAAUCUUAGGCUGAAAUAGUAUAAAAAUAGAAAUAAGAUGAUUCAUAAAGAGAUGCAGUAAUGCCAGAAAUUCUUUUAGUUAAGAGAAAGUAAACAAUAUUGAGAAAGAAUAUUCACAAUUUUGAUUUUCCAUAUAAAAAGUUUGAGAUUGCACAUGCUUAGAAAGAGUUUGAUGAUAAAAUAACUAGAUUAAGGAGAUUGUUAAGAUUUUUUGAAAAGCAUUAUACACUUAAAUGGUGUGAAUAGAGAUUAUUGUAUAGAAGAAUACAUUAGAGAAGGAGAUACAUUUUGUAUAAAUAUUUGAACAUUAGAAAACUAAAAGUGUUCAUAGAGAGUUAUAGAUAAUUGUUCAAUAGAUACAAGCGAUUAUAAGAAGAUAAGAGAGAAGCUGGUUUAUUGGAAGAUAAUAAUGAUAGAGAAUAGAAAACUGCAAGAAUUAAUUAGUUAGCAAAAAAGAAAGCAAUUUAAUAAGUAAAAAACGUGGUAAUUUUGAAAAGUAAAGGAGUUUGGUUUGGUUAAUUUAGAAGAUAGGUUCCAAUUUUAAGAGCAAAGGAUAUGAUUGAACAUCUUAAAAGAUUAGAUUAGAAACUUAGUAAAUUGAAAAUGAAUCAAAGACUUAUUCCAAUAUCAAUGAUAAAAAUAUCUAAAGAUAAACUUAUUAAAGAAAGACCUAGAAUAUUUGAAGAGAUAUCUUGUCUUGAUAUUACCAAAAGUAGUUCCUAAGAGAUUCUCAAAUUAUUAAUUCAAUCUAGAGAUUAAUAUGUAUAGGUUAGUCCAUACAAAUCAGAAUUAGUUAGAAGUAUUGAGGAAUUGUAUUCAAUGAAAACAAGAAAGAUUGAAUAAAUAUAAAGUUAAUUAUAUCAUUAAGAAGUUCCAAAUUACUUAAAUUUAGACUAAGAAGAAUUGAAAUGUCUCUUUAUCUAAAAUCAAAAGGCAGAAAUGCGAACAUUAGAUUUCUAGAUGAUUAAAUUAAUUGAAAAAGAUAAAUAAAAAGAAGUUUGGUUGAUUCUUUAAUAAUAUUAAUUAAAAAUACUUGAAGUCAUUGAAAUUGAUUUACAACAUAAGAAUGUCUUAUUUGAAGAUCUUAUAUUAUAAGAAUUCACAAUGUUUGAUUAAUUUUACUUUCCAACAACUAAAGGAAUCGUUGCUAAAAUUCUAGAUUCAAGAUAUGAAUUAUUAAAUGGAUGGACUUUAUUCGAUACAAUAAAGUUUAGAAAAUCAGUCAAUAUGACUUAUAAAAAAAGAGAAUUAUUAUUGUUCUUACUUAAUUUAUUGAACUCAAUUUAAAAUUGGAAGGAAAAAAGAGUAAUCACUCCUAAAUCUAUUUAUGCUAAUAGAAAUAAAAAUUAAAUUGGAUAUACUUUCCAUUGGAUGAUGUCUGGAAAUAGAGACACAGAUAUAGAAAAAUUGUUCGUUCCUAAUGAAGAAUCAAAUAACAAUCUAUCUAAAAUGGUUUAUAAUGCAGCCAUGAUUGUAGUUUAUAUGAUGACAUUAGGAUAGAUAGAAACAAAUAAAGAUUAUCUUAUUGAACAUUAAGCUAAAUUAAUGGAUAAAUAUCCCAUAGUUUUCACUAUUAUAUAAGAUAUGUUAUUAUCUCAAAAUCAAAGAAAACCAUAUUCUUACUUUAAAUAAUUAUGUAAAACUGAAUGUGAAAAUGAAGAAUUGUUUCUAGAAAAUGAACGUUUAUCCUAGUAAUUAAUAGAGGAUUCUAAAAUCAGUGAUAUCAAUUAUUAAGAUUUAAAGUUGUAUGAUUAAAAUGAAUUAUCUAAUCAAUUAGAAACUUAAAAGCUACACCAAGUUUUAUCUUAAUAAUUAUUUAAAAUGGAUAUGUUGUAUAAACUCAAAUUAUUUAAGUAAUUCUAAUAAGAACUAGCUAUUUCAAAUAAUAUUGCUGCAAUCAUUUAUAAUAAUGAUUAUUAUAUGAAUCAUAUAGCUAAAAACUUUUCUUUCUAUUGUGAUAAAGCACAUCAUUAAAAAAUAAUGUUGGACUUCAUUUCAAUUGAAUUUUACAAAUAGCUUCACUCCUUUUUUCACAAUCUUACUUUAUAAGGCAUAUAUUCCAUCACCUAUUAACCAAAUUUAAGUGAUAUCUAUCAAUUCCUUAAUAAAAUUGAGAGAUACUCCUCUCCAAGCAUUCUUGAUGAUUAUGAUUAAUAAAGUGAUAAAUUAUUAAUCAGAAAGCGUUUGAGAGUGUAGAAGGAUAAUUAUGAUGCAUUACACAUUAAAUUAGAAUAAAUUAGAUUAAAGUUUUUAUUUUUAUAAGCCUAUGGAGAAAUGUUUAAAUAGAAUUCAUCUUAUGCUAAUGAAUUAUUUAAUAAAGCUUUGAAAUUCUGUAAAAGUCCCUUAAGAUAAUUGAUCAUACAUAUUAAUAUUGGAAAAAUAUAAAAAGACAGAUAUUAAUCCAUUCAAUAUCUUAGUAAGUUGGAUUGUCAAGUUGAUUAUUACAGUUUUAAAAUAUGCAAUUUAUUAAUAAAAUUACACCUAGAAAAUGAGUAAUUUAAUGAGGCUUUGAAGAAAUGUCUCAUUAUUAAACCUUCAGAUGAUUAAUGUUUAUUUGAAUAGUUAGUUUAUUAAGAAACUUUGACACUCUAAUCUUAAGUCUAAUGGUGCUUAGAUCAUUAUUAAAAUAAUUAUGAUUAUCUUAAUUAUUGGAUUCAAAAGUAUAAAUAAACAUAAAGUAAACAUAAUGAAUUAGCUUUGAUUGGAUUGUAAAAUUUAGAGUGUUGUGUUAAUCUAUUAUAUUAUAACUAUAAUACUCAUUUGGUUGAAGAUUAUCUUUAAAUUUUAUAUUAAUACAAUGACAAAAAUCUAUUUCUCAUAGAUUAUUUGUAAUUUAAGUUGCUCUAAAUUAUUAAUUUGUAAUUAGGAGUGGUUAACUAUGGGAUAAUAACAUAAUUUGAUAAAAAUUCAGAAGAAGGAGAACAAAGACUUUUACAAAAAUCUUAUUAGCAUUUACCAAAAUCAUUUUCAAGAUAGAAUGAUUAUUUAAGUUAAUUGUAUUUUGAAUUAGAAUGCAAUCUAUAAAUGGAUAUGGAUUAUGAUUUAUAUUUGGAAAUAGAAGAAUAAAUGCUUAAUAAUAGAUAUCAUUUCAUCAUAGCAAAAUAACUAUUUUCAAAGCAGAAAUAUUCAUAAGCAAAAUCUGUUUUUGAUAAUACAAAAUGUAAUAUGGAAAGAUUAAUAGAUGCAUGGAUAAUGAAGAAUAAUAAAAUGAUUGAAUUAUAACAUGAGGUAAAGUUUUAAUUGAAUGAUUUGUCAUGGAAGAAUUUAUUUAUAACAUUUGUAUUUGAUUUAAAUAAUUUGUAUGGAUAAUUGGUAUGCAAAUUGGCAUUUAAAUUGAUAGAGAUAGCAUCUUAAAAACAUGAUUGUAGAUAGCUAUUUUAAUAAUUCAAGAUUUUUUUUGUAAAACUAUUAUUAGAGGAAUAUAAGGAUAAGGAGAAUAAUGAUUAUAUAGAUAAGAAUUUUGAAAUAAAGUUCUUUAUUUUGAGUACUUUGAAUUAAUAUCUAUAAGACUUAUCAUUAAGUCUUCUUUCUGAAAUUUGUGAUAUAGAGGAUAAAAUAAAAUAGAAAGAAUUGAUUGAUUAUAAAGAUAUAUCAAUACCAGUUGAUAAAAGAUAGAUGGAGAAGAAAAGUAUUUGUUUGAAUGAUCUUUUUGUGGUACAAUCUUAACUAUUAGAAGAGAGUGGAGAUCCAAUAGCAGCAUUAAAAUGUUUAGAUGUAUAAUAUGCAUUGAUUUUAUAUGAUGAGAGAUAUAGUAGGUAAGUUUAGUAGGUAUUUUCAUAAAAAAUGGAGAAUGAUGAUCCAAAUUUAUUGGGAGCCAAAUGUAAAAUAGCAAUAAUGAAACUAUUUUUGAAUAUCUUUACAUGUGGUGCAUAACUGUUAAAAACAAGAAAGGCAGCUAUGAUGUCGUGUAUUGAUAUAGUGACAAUUACAGCAGAAUAAGCAAAAUUAAAAAUGAAUGAAUUUCCAACUACAAAAAUAAUAUGGGAUGAUCAUGCUUUAAAUAUAUUGAAUUAUGCUAAACCAAAAUAAUUAGAAGCCUUCUAAAAAUAUAAAUUAAUAUAUUAUUAAUGUGAGUGGAAACUAUUAGAAUAUUAUGCUUUAGUUGGAAUGUAUAAGGAAGCUCAUAAUCAAUUUUAAAUGUUAUAUAAUCAUUAUGUGAAAUUAGGUAGUUAAGAAGAUUAUGCUCGAACAUAUUUUGAAUAUGCAAUCGGUACUUACUUUUUACUUAUCAGAUAAACACAUCGUGCUUCUCUUUUCUUUGAAAGAGCUGCUAGAAGAUAUUUAGGAUAAUAAAUAUUUUAUGAAGAUUUAAAAUUGCCUAUAAUAAAUGUAACAGGAUAAUUUCGUGAUAAAUUUACUAAUGAUAGUCUCAUGAUAGAUUUAUUGAAUCAAUUUAAUCAUUAUUUUACUUUAAGAUCUAGAUGCAGAAUCUAUAAAUAUUAUAGUAGAAUGUAUGAAAAAGAUACCGAUCUUCAUCGACUAUUUUAAUCAAUAAUAAGAAUUUUAGAAAAAAUUCGUAAGACUAUGGGAAGAAAGAGUGUACUCUAUGUUGAUGCACUGAUGGUUUACUCUGAAUUUAUACUUCUACAUAGAGAAAGAGGUUAUAAUGGAUUCUAAACAUUUAAGAUGGCAUUUAAAAGUCAAUAUUUCUUUACAAGAAGAGAAGCUGAAUUCUUUGAACCAUAUGUUUAUAAAUCACAUCUCCCUUACAAAUUUUAUACUCCUGAUGAUAUUGAAGAGAGAUUAAGUGAAACACUUAUCUCAUAAUGGGUUUUUGACUUGUUAGACCAAUGUUAUAGAUUCUAUAAAGAUUAUUUCAAUUCUGUAAAUGUUACUGAACAUUUUAGUAUUGUCUAUUGUGAUAUACUACAAUAUAGAAUUGCCUUUAUUGCUAGUAGACUAUAUCAAGCAUAAAUAAUGUUAGAUAGAGCAUUAAUCAAUCUUGAAAAAGUAUCUAUAAUAUUUAUUCUUUAGUUAUGUCCAACAUUAGAACAUCCUUAUGGUGUUAUGAUCUAUGAAGGUUAUGCUUUGCUUUGUGAAAAUUUAGAAAGAGUUUAAGAAGAUAACAUUAAAAUUAUCUUAGAAUGUCCUAGUCAUAGUCUUUUUAACUCCUUGACUUAUGAACAGAGAUAUAAAAUUGCUGUCUAAAUAUACUUACGUAAUGAAUAAUUAGGUAAAUAUUUUGAUGAUUACAAAAACAAUGGUUUUGAAGUGUAUUUGUUGUAAAAACUACAAAAAUUUACUGAUAAAAAAUAAUAAGAACGGACCUCAAUGAAAUAAUAGAAAUUGUCCAGAAAAUAAACUUUUGUUCUUGAUUUUGACACCUAAAUGUAAAUCAGAUAGGGAGCUAAAAGAGAAGCAUAAUUGAACUAAGACAAAAUUACAGACAUCAAACUUAAAGUCGGAAACACUGGGUACUAUAGAAAAGCAUACAGAAUUUGUAAAGUCAUUUUCAAAGAGUACAACGAACUUUAUAAAAGAGUAGAAGAUAAAUUUAUAGAAUUAAGCAGACAAGAAGAAAGAGAAAAUAAAAUAGAUUGA